AUGUCAAAACCCGCCAGACUCGCCAAAGGUUUCAAGUUGGAUGGUAUAUGGAUAACCCAAAGGGAGGGGUCGCAAGACGGCGUAACGAGCCAAAGUUCUGGCUGGCGGCCGUUCUAUCUUCGACGACGAAUCUUGCUCACAUUCGUGGUGAUAUUCUGUGGGAUAAUCGCAGCCCUCGAGGUGCUCAAUCGUAUAUCUCAAGUCAAUUAUGGCAUCGCUUCAUCCGUUGAAGGUCGCCACUACCUGUGGACCUAUGGCCCUACCGCUAUCCUUACCAUGGUGGCUGCGUUCUGGUCCCGAGUGGAAUUCCAGGUAAAACAACACGCCCCAUGGCAAUCCUUGCAAGAGAAGCCAGAAGUGGCAGAAAGAAGCAUUCUCCUGGACUAUAUUACACCAAUGCAGCCAUUUGCUGCGAUCCAGGCGCUCCGAAACAGACACUUCGCAGUGGCGGCCGGGGCUACCGGUUCGAUGCUGCUUACUCUUCUCAUCAUCUUCUCUACUGGUUUGUUUUCGCUGCAAGAGAUUGGUGUGCAGAAGGAUCAUGUCCCAAUUUUGCUGUAUGAUUAUUUUAGUGGUGAAAAUCCUACCCUCGAUGCCGAAGGAGCGACGCCAUUCGAUACGCUGAAUAGUGUCCUUUUCGAUAACGGAAGCUAUCCUGAAGGAACUACCGCUAAUCUUGCUUUUCAGCGAUUUUCAGCUCCAAACAUUUCUUCGAACGCAAUCGUGACCGCCCAAAUCGACGGCAUGGAGGCGCAACUGAGCUGUGAACCUGCCAAUAUAACUAUUACGAAAUGGGAAGUGGAAGGAGUAACGUCGACGUACGGCGAGUUCACCAUCACUCACCAGAACAUGACCAACGAGAUUGCCACCCCUUCUUGCAAGAUUGAAAACUUUUCUAUUGAUGGCGGUUAUGGGGCAUACUAUCCCUAUGUGGGGAUGUUUGAACAGGGCCAAUGUGUAGGUUCGAAGGGAACUGACGGCACGCGUGUUGUGGUUACUAUUGCUAAGAUCCGGGAGAACGUGGUGUUUUCGAAUGACACUUAUGACGAUUAUACUCGUGGGUAUCACCAAAAGAGUGACAUUGUGCUUGAUCAAUCUGUCCUGUUGAUCUGCACACCGACAUAUUCUCUCCUGGAGGUGAAUGCUACAAACAAUGCGUCCGUAUCUUUGUCAAACGUUCAGAUCGAAGAUACAAGAUCGAAGAACUCGACUCUUCCCGGCCUGGCGGCAUGGGAUAUUGCGAAUAGUGUCCUUAGUGGUCCGAAAGGUCAUACCAUUGGGAGGCCAAUCGAAGAUAACAACCCCUUCGUUGCCCCCGACAAAAUGAGUGUGGAUUAUUCGCUACAAAUCGGUGCGUGGCUUGCAGGAUCUACCGGCAAUAUUGAUCUUCUCUUCCAAGAUGAUGUGCUUAACUAUGUGGCUUCUGCCUACUAUCGCGCAAUGGCUGCCCAGUAUAUGAACAAUGGGCUCGCCCGACAACGGUCCUCGACGACAACUGGCUCGGCUGUUGUCCUUGAGCACCGUGUCAUCAUGGCAGAGCUGCCACUUCGUGCGAUGGAAGUCUGCUUGGCGCUAGGAAUAAUGUUGGCCCUUGUUAUAAUCUUCUUGGCUUCGCCCACGGCUACAGCAUCGACUCCUUGGAACCCGAAUUCUAUUUCUGCAAUUGCGGCAAUCAUAUCCAACAGCAAAUCUCUCCGCCAGUAUGUCGCUGGUACUAGUACAUCACCGCUAUAUAUCCUUGAAGAUCGUCUAAAGGAGAGUCGCUAUUGCUCACGGACCUCUGCAGAAGGGUUCUCUAUCGAGACCGUGGACAACGACCAGAGUGAUAUUUCCACUACUGACAAACAAAGCAGCCCUAGUUCCAGCGCCGGUUCCAAGCCAUUUCCCAGUUUCAUUUUUCGCGUCGCCAUCUUUGUCGCUGUGGCAUCGAUCCUUGUGGUACUAGAGGUUCUUCUGCAUAUAUCCGAGACACGCGACGGGCUUGCAGAUGUCACCACCAAUAAAUAUAUGCAUUAUUCCUGGACACUUCUUCCGUCGCUGUUGAUGGAGAUCAUCGGUCUUUCUUUCCGGAGCAUGAGCUUCAAUAGCCGAAUCCUGGCGCCAUAUGCCCGCCUGAAACGGCCCUCUGGCGCAGUGUUCCAAAGCUGUAUGCCAGUCAACUUCCUAGAUUCCCUGAGCGUGACUACUGUUAUCCGUUCGAUCCGCACCAGGCAUUUUGCUGUCCUGGCUGCAACACUCGCUGCCUUCAUCACCUCGUUCUUAUCGAUUGUAACAAGCGGGCUGUUCUCUGCGAUGGACACCUCGCAAUACAUCAGCACAAACUUCUCCCAGGAAGAUACCUUCCACCGCUUUGCAAUAUGGAACGCCAGCGUUAGUCCCGACCUGGACAAUUCUAACGUUAUCACUGCUCAAUACAUUAUCCAGGGGAACCGCACUUCUUUCCCCCGCUGGACCUACGAGAGGCUUAUAUUCCCCAAGCUCUCAAUGAACGCUUCUCUCAGAACAAAUCUCCCCGAAAGCUCUUUCGUCGAACUUUGGGUCCCUGCCCUGAGAACAGCCCCAACUUGUCUUGUGCAAAGAGGCUCCGAGGUUAACUACACACUCCAAGCAGCCACGGAUGAACAAACCAGUGUUAAUUCCAAGGUAUCUCAAGUACUCUACAUUGAGCCGCCCCGCAUAGGUUGCGCGCCAUGGAGCAAUGGUACAGGGUGGCAAGAGAAUAGCGGCGAUCUGCUCGAACUCGAGACCGAAGGGUACUUUGGACUCGCGAUCUUAAGCCCGUGCUAUAAUGCCAAUAGCAGUGGUGCCAACCUACCAGUGAGUUAUUUCUGGGGAGAGGUUAGAAACGGCAAAGUCGCAAACAUAGCGGCCAUGACAUGCGCCCCGGUAGCCGAGACAGUCAAUACCUGGACUCGUUUUCAGCUCCCGGAUUUCGAUAUCCCCGCCGAUCACCCCCCAGUGCCAGACGAGUCUUCGGCCAGCACGGUGAAAGACCAGUAUAUACCGUACUCGCCGUGGAGUAGUACCUCUUCGACGGCAGCCAACCUAGAUUCUUUCUUCCAAGCACUGGUGUCUGGAAGGUGGGCCAUCCCCCGGGAUUAUCUUGGCGAUGCAGACAAAAUAGAGAAUGUGAUUGAGGCUAUCAAAUUCCAAGACGGUAUUAUGAAGGCGCAGGAGUUUAAUGGAAUGACUCGUCUGGCGAAUGCUUCACUGGGUGUCUCAUUACCAGGCAAUGUCACUCUUACUAACAACCGUCUUCGACUUAUCCAAGACGCCACCUCAACCAGAGUCCUCGACGCUCUGCUUGUAUCCAUCCUUAUUCUGGGAAUUAUAGGCUCCAUCCUCGUGAAUACGGACCAUAUUUUACCCAAGAGCCCGUCCAGCAUUGCAGCGGUAGCGAGCUUGCUGGCAGACUCGAAUUUCUUGGACUGGUACCAACCAGCCGAGGAUCCAAAUGACACGGCUCGUGGGCGCAAAUUCUUCGCCGGUUCGCGGUUCGUUCUUGGAAGACAGAAUGCCGAGAAUCUGUCGGACUCUUCCUCCUCGCCUACGGAAGAGAAGAGAGAUGCCGACCUCACGAUUUGUCUUGUUGAUCCUGUCGGAGAGAAAGAGUCGAGUAGUAUUCCUCUUAUGCCGUUGGCUAUCGGGGAAAGGAAUGGCUGA